CAUCAUUUGUCUAGCUAGCACUCUAGAUAAUGGCCAAUCAAGGUCCAUAAGGAGCUAACGAGUGAAAAGAUUAGGUUAGCUCAUUCGUACUGCCAUACAAAUUAACCUUAACUUUCUAGUUGAUACUCUCAAAAAGUUUCACUACUGAAGUGGAUUGUUAUUGAACGGAAAUCAUAUUAAACAGUGGUUAUUUGAACAGUGUGACAUAAUUUGACAGCAUUUCCAUAAUUUUUCAGCCUAGCUCUAGUGCUACCAGGAGUUUUAAAUGGCACGAACUAACACCGCCGAGCAAAGGGCCAAGACUCAAAGGAGAAGGCAUGAAGUGCAGCACGCCUGUGGUACAAACUGGAACAACAACCUGAGAGAAAUUGCGAGUUUACUUCCAAUUUCUGACACAAUGCAUGGUAGAGGACUCACAAAGAAAGAGACGCUGGUCCACAUGUUGUGGUACUUUGAGUUUCUCCAGACGCAUAUAGAGAAUCUACAGGGUCGUCUGCCUCCCCACUGUCUACCGGUUAACGAAGCAGAGUCUGAAUCGGAGAGUGAAGAGAGCAUGGCGUCAGAGCCUGAAACCCCCCCAGCUACUCUGCAGGCCAAACGUAAAAAACGCACGUGUGCUCGUUCACAGAGAGGCUCCCAACUUCCUGCUGGGACGUUGGACAUCGGUGAGAUAAAAACCGAGUUUGUGCCGGAGGAAGACGGCCAGCCUCCGCUCAUGUGGCAGAGUGCGUAUAACUGGACAGAGCCCAUAUCUGACUCCGACUCCGUGUCGACAAGCUCCCCCGACUCUGUGUACAGCCUCAGUCUGCUACAGACAGGGAGUGCUGCUAAUGGAGGGCAUUGCUCUGCUUGUGAUGGCCGAACUAGCAGUGAAGAUGGAAGUCCUGGACAGUCUCAGUGCACUCCACCAACAGGGUCGACGCUGAGGUCUUUGAAAGAGCACAUGUGUAGGGUGGUUCGGUACGGUGAGGAGAGCGAGUCGGGUUGUAGCUUAGGCUCCACACCCCGCAUGCCCAAGAUGCCCUCGUUUGGGACGGGCGAGACCCUGAACCUCAGUCCCUCCCUGUUCACCUCCCCCACACGCGGGGUGAAACAAGAGCUGCUGCCGCAGGGACAAGAAGACCUGCAGACUUUGUUUGAGGACGUGUGGGUCAACUCUGAAGUAGCGAUUCUUCAGUCCAGCCAAUCAAAUGACUCAAUGCCUGAUUGGUCGACCAAGGGCAGGAAGAGAGGCGUGGCCCUGAUGUCUUCUCAGAGCGACGAGGAGGAGGUGGGCUGUGAUGAUGUCACCUGGACGCCAAAGCUGAUGAAGGUGCGCCACCGGAAGAAGCCCAGGGUGAAGGCGAAGACCCCCCCGGACGCCAAGAAGAAGUGUGUCAACGGCUUCAUCAUGUUCUGUCGCAUCAACAGGAAGCUCUACUUGCAAUCAUGCCCAGGAACCUCUUCCACUGGGGUGACCAAGGCUCUGGCAAACAUCUGGCACCAUCUGCCAAAGCAGGAGAGACACAUCUACUGUUUGAAGGCGCGCCGCUACAGCUGUCAGCAGAACCGUAAUGUGCGUGCGAAGGAGGUGGAGGAGGAGGAGGAGGAGGGCGAGGAGUGCAUGCCAAGCCCCCUGCACCUGCUCCUGGCGGACCGGCGUCUGUGUGCUGCCGCCAGAGGAGAGCCUUGUACACAACUCACCGUCACCACCACCAACAAACACACUGAGGGAGUGGAACAUGUCUGGAGGUGGUCAGGUCUUAAGGGGUCACAAAGCUAGAUUCUAGAACAUUCUGUCAUUUUAAGUUAUUUUAGGGCACUCGGAACUCCUGUUGCCAUGGUUUUACUUUAACAGCACAUGAUUGGUUUGUUGAAUUAUAUUUGCUCUCUAACGGAUUUUAAUUGGACAAGUGCUGUUUAAACUAAAUCUAUGGGUAUUUUUACUGUUUUGUAUGGAUUGAAUGUAUUACAGGCUUUUUGGUCAACUUAAUUCAAAAUGUGGUCAUUGCUGUAAAGUACUUUAUAUAGACAAUGUUUUGGGGAAACGGGGCUAAUGUAACCUUACCUUUCUGUUACCUUAGUGGAAAAAACAUUUUCAUG